GCGAGAGGCUGUACAAUGUAUCGGAGGUACCUCGACCAGCUAAACACACAAACUACUCAGCUCAUCUCUGAACAGCAGCAACUUGCACAAAAAACAAAAAUGUCUGCGGAACCAGAAUACAAGAAAAUACCAGUCGAUGAAUUAUGGGCUAAACUUUCAGCGGCUUCAGAUUGCAAAUCUUUAUUGAAAAAGCAUCUAACUCUGGAAAGAUACGAAGCAUUGAAGGAUAAAAAAACUAGCAUCGGCGGUGACCUUGGGGAUUGUAUCCAGUCAGGAUGCAUGAACUUGGACAGUGGUGUUGGUAUCUAUGCCUGCGACCCUGAAGGUUACGAUACAUUUGCCUUGGUCCUUGAUGAAGUCAUCAAAGAUUACCAUAAGGUGGACAAGGUGUGGCAUCCUGCACCAUGCUUUGGAGAUAUGGACAAUCUGGAUUUGGGUGAUCUGGACCCAAACAAUGAGAUGAUCGUCAGUACACGUGUACGAGUGGGUAGAAGUCACACUGGAUUCCCAUUCCCUCCAGCUGCCUCUAAGGAUCAAAGGAAGGCUAUGGAGAAAAUGACUGUUGAAGCUCUCAAUACUCUGGAAGGUGAAUUAAAAGGCAAAUACUUUUCCUUGGAGACCAUGAACAAAGAGGAGGAGAAACAACUCAUUGCUGAUCACUUCCUCUUCAAAAAUGAUGAUAGGUUCUUGAGAGAAGCUGGAGGAUACAACUUCUGGCCAGUUGGUCGUGGUAUCUACUUCAGUGAGGACAAGAAGUUCCUCACCUGGAUUAAUGAGGAGGACCAUCUCCGUUUCAUCUCCAUGCAGAUGGGUGGUGACCUCGGCGCUGUGUACAAGAGGCUCGUCAAAGCUUUAGGCAAACUUAGUGAGAAACUGAAAUUUGCUCACAACGAUAAGUGUGGCUAUGUGACUUUCUGUCCCACCAACCUUGGCACCACAUGCAGGGCUAGCGUCCACAUCAAAGUUCCCAAGCUGGCUGCAGCUCCAUCCACCAAAGGAAACAAGAGCAAACUGGAAGACAUCUGCGCUGAAUAUAACUUGCAACCCAGAGGAAUCCAUGGAGAGCACACAGAAAGUGUAGGUGGUGUAUAUGAUAUCUCCAACAAGAGAAGACUGGGUCUGUCUGAGCUUGAUGCCAUCAUGGAAAUGAAGAAUGGAAUUUUGGAAGUAAUGAAGGCAGAGAAAGCUUUAUAGAUUGAAAUGAAUUUUGUAAAAAUAUAAAAGGACCCAAAAAUGACUGUCAAAAUGUUACGUGUGACCAAAACUCCUUGGAAAUGGGUUUAAUUUUGAAUAUGCCUUUGUCUAGAUUGUUAUGGUGAGGUGUGAUGCUGCUGUUAUGUGUUUGCUGCAACAACACCACAGAUAUACAACGCCUGAAAACUGACCUCCGAUGUUAAAAUAUUUACUUCAAUCUAGAUAUAUGAGCUGACUGGAUAAGACCAUUAGUGCAGAGAGAUAGUAUGAUUGGACAAUCUAGAUAAGGUGGAAAUGAUUCAAUGUUCUUGCCAUUUUCAUAUUCCUUUGUAUAUAUAUUUAUAAACUUUCCUCCAGUGUGAAAUCCUGAUGUGGGGUCUACUAGAUCACUUUCUGGAGAUCCGAUUGUUGGCUUGCAGCCUUUCAAUGCUCACGUCCAUCCGAUCAAUGAAAGAGUUAGAUGCACACAUCUAAUUAAUUGAUGGCCAUCAUAUGCAAUAGAUUUGAUUGGUUGUUGGUCUUCAAACGCACACAUCUGAUUGGUUGAUAGCCAUCCGAUGCACCUUGUUGAAUAAUAUAUUUUGCAUAGUAACUUUAAUAAAAAAGGUAUGUGCCAAAAAAAGCUGUGAAUUAUGAAAACAAAACACCUGUAGUCAUUCCUUGAAUCAGAUGCCGUAAAAGGCCAGCUAUUAUACAGCUUAUUUUGCAUAUUUUUUCGCAUUCUGGUCUCUGGUUACUUCCCUUGUCACUUGAGUUUAGCAGCAGUGAUUAAGCAAGGGGAAAAAUGUAGGGUUUUCCCUUCAAUUGUUAAUUGUUUUACAUUUGAUAGUGUUCAUUUUGCUCUGACUAGGGUGUGACUGUGAUACUGGUGUACACUGCCAGAACUUCUAGGUCAGUCUCCUGUGUGAGAUGACAGCUAGUCUAAUAUACUAAAGGUUCUAUGACAUUAAAACUCAAUUGUGAUAA